AUGUGGCGCAUCGCCGAGUGGGAAAGUAAACAUCGUCUCUGGUUCAGCGAUGGCGAGCCGAUCGACGCUGUCCGACCCAUCGAUAACUUUGAAACCCGCGCAGGCCUCUCCUCCAGAUUAAUCGUGGAUAAGCUGGGGUUUCUUGAUUUGACAGAGAUACCAUCUGCCCCAACGGUGGCGCUUGAUGCGAAUGGAUCGGUGGUAGAAUCCGCCCUAAUCGGCAGCCGGGAUACAAACCAGCCCAUGGAUCUAUCUAUCCAGAUCAACAAAGAUACGAGAACAGUGACAAUAAGCAUCAUCCUUCCUGAAGAACCAUGCUCUGGUGACGACAACGAAUAUCUGUACAUCCACCCACGAACCCCCAGCACCACCAUCCUCCUAAAACCACUCCUGAACCUCUCUUCAGCGGACAUCAAAUUCAUCAAAUCCAUGAUCCGCAAAUCCUACAUCCCCUACCAAAACGUCCCCCCGUCGGCCGGCGGCAAAGACAAGAACACCAUCAUCCGUCUCGGGAAACGCUUCUUCCCCUUCACGACCCACGGCUUCGAGCUGGCCAUCUGCAUCUACGACUGGACGACCGCGUCGUUCGUACGAAACGUCCUGUUCAAGAUCUUUGAAUAUACCCCUCCACUGGAAGAUCUGUCAUCCACACCGCCAUCGCUAAACCCACUCGAUCUAGAAAGUAUAGCCCAGCAAAUCUACAACAGUAACUGGGAAACCUAUACACCAGACAACAAAGCCUACAUGAACUCCUUCAUGAUGACACCCGCGUCCUCGCUGUCCGAAGUCACGAUCCAGCUAAAUAAGAUCGCACCAGAGGUCCAUCGGCUCAGCGACAUCCAGAACCGAAUCAUGAGUUUAGCCGUCUCUUCUCUCCCGCGGAUGUCCGUGUAUAAACGGCCAGUCGUGUACAGCGGACAACCUGAUAUGCGACAACUAUCGCUGGAUCAGUUUGGAAUCGGGUUCCGAGAGACUGCUGUGAAUAGCGAACGGGGACCGUUGCGGAUUGAUCUGGACCUGUUUCUGAGAGAGUAUAUGGUUAGAGGGAAGACGUUGACGACGAAAGCGUUUUUAAGUUUCACCGAUGAGAAGAGUACGGCGAUGGGGUAUAGUAAUGGGUUAUUGUUGAUUGCGUAUCCUCCUAGGGGGAGUGCGGUGUGGGAGGGCAUGAGUCUGGUUACGCCGUUGGCGGUGGAUGGGCAGAUUGAGUAUACGUUUUUGCCUGGGACGAGGUUUCUGGUUGAGGGGGUACACAGGGAGAUGGUUGGGGGGAGGGAGAUUGUUGUUGUUGAGUUGAGGGUUGUGGUGAGAGUGGAGGGUUGA